AUGUACGGGGGUACCUACCCAGGCCUUAUCCACUCUGCGCCCCAUCCACCUCACCCUUCGUCACUCGCUCCCGUCCUGCGCUGCCCGGCUGGCUCCAGUCACAUCUCUCUCGAUACUUCCAGCGCCUCCCUCCUUCAACUCCCUCUCCGAUCACCGCUCGAUACACCACGACCGACCCCCCGAACAAAUCCAUCCUUGCCCUUCUUUACCUUCUUCGACUUUCGCUUCGUCGACACAAUCCUGCACCCACCCACGGACGCUACGACGGUCCUUCCCUUCUGCAUCAACCUGGUCCGCGUGCACCCCGACCUAUCGGAUACCUGCCUCAUAGGCCAAAGGCCUGACCUGAACGCUACCCCCGAACUCGCAUCCUCACAAGCAGCAUUACAGGCGAUCAACAUGGCGGAACGGUUACCCACCUCGUCCUCUUCAGGACGCAGGCGACGCGAAGGCGACGCUUCUAUCGGAGACUUUGUUAUUGGAGGCGAAAUCGGCAAGGGCAGCUUUGCCCAGGUGUACAGCGGUCACCACAAGAACUCCAAGGCAACCGUCGCUAUCAAAUCAGUAGAAAUGGGACGCUUGAAUAACAAGCUACGAGAGAACUUGUACGGAGAGAUCCAGAUCCUCAAGACUCUUCGCCACCCGCACAUCGUCGCCCUCCAUGACUGCGUCGAAUCAGCCACACAUAUCAACCUGGUGAUGGAAUACUGUGAGCUCGGUGACUUGUCAUUGUUCAUCAAGAAGAGGGACAAGCUAAGCACCAACCCUGCAACGCAUGAGAUGGCGAGGAAGUACCCCGUUACCCCUAAUUCGGGUCUCCAUGAGGUUGUCACACGCCAUUUCCUUCAACAGCUCGGCAGCGCUCUCAAGUUCCUGCGAGAGAAGAAUUACGUUCACCGCGACGUCAAGCCUCAGAACCUUUUGCUCCUACCAUCACCAAGAUUCAGGGAGGCACACUCCCGCCCCAUCUUGACCGCCAGCCAGGAUUCACUGAUUCCCAAUGCCGGUCUCGCUUCUCUUCCGAUGCUGAAGCUCGCAGAUUUCGGCUUCGCUCGUGUCCUCCCGUCAACGUCGCUCGCCGACACUCUCUGCGGAUCUCCUCUCUACAUGGCUCCAGAAAUCCUUCGCUAUGAGCGGUACGACGCGAAGGCCGACCUCUGGUCUGUAGGCACGGUGUUAUACGAGAUGAUUACUGGUCGUCCGCCAUUCCGCGCCCGGAACCACGUAGAGCUCUUGCGAAAGAUCGAAGCUGCCGAAGAUCGGGUUAAGUACCCCAAGGAGCUCGUGGUCAGUAAAGAGCUGGUCAAGCUCAUCGGCAAGCUUCUCACUCGUAACCCGGUCGAACGCAUGAGAUUCGAAGACUUCUUCAACGAUCCAAUUUUGACAGAACCCAUUCCAGGCACUGUUGAAGAUGAUGCGCCGCCGAAGCCUGAGGCAAAGGCCUCGCGCGAUCUGCGGUCUCUCGGCAGGUCCGAUUCCACGUCAUCGUUAUCACGUCGGCUCUCUCUUCGCCGGCAAACAGAGACUGAGCCUGCACGUGAGCAAGGCGAGUCAGCAAAAUCGCCUCGUGAGAAGCCUCUUAGAUCGCCGAAAUUGCCCAGUCCCAUCGAAGGGCGCGCCCAGCAGGCCAUUGAUGCUGCGCCACGUCCAGGCCAGUCUCCGGGGCAAGAAGUCGGGGAGGGACUCGGAAUUCGUCGUCCGCCUAUGGCCCAACCCUCCACUUCUGCACCAGCCCGGCCACACAGACUCUCUAAUGCAGCUCUCAACCGGCCUUCUGCACGAGCCUCCGCCUCCCCGCCGACAUCGUACUUGAACGACAAUCCGGCAAGGAACAGACUUCGUCCCGUCACCGAGCGGAGUGUCACCGAACAAGAGAAGGCGGCACAAGAUGUGGCAUUUGAGCGAGACUAUGUUGUGGUCGAAAAGAAGCACGUUGAGGUAAACGCGUUUGCUGAUGAAAUGGCCGCUAACCCACGUCUCACGUCACUCUCACCAAAGACUGGCCAGAUGAUUCGCCGAGCCACGCAACAGGGACCGCCCACCUCGACGACCGGCGCCGGCCGAGUCCAGCCAUCCAGUGCAGUUCAAAUCGCUUCAGGCAAGGGGCGUCCCGGUCAUGAGAGCCGCGAUUCGUACGACGGGAAGAAUUUCUCCGCCAGCCCGACAACUCAAGGCUUUAUCGCCAAAGCUAUUUCAGACGCCAGCGUACGAUUGUUCGGAUUCAAGGUACCGCAGCAUGUGCUGGGCGGAAAGGGGGCGUCUCCUCCUCUGUACAGCCCAUUCCCUGCCUACCCUACCCCUUCAGGUCCCGUCGGCCUCAUCGGCGAUGGAAAGCAAAACGCACCAGCCGACGAAGAUGCGCGAGCUGUCAAGCUCAUCCAGGAUUUCGCUCACCGAAGUGACUGUGUCUAUGGGUUUGCCGAAGUCAAGUACAAGCAGCUUUUCCCUCUCGCCCCGUCAAUGGAGCACGGACUCGGUGGUACGCCGACCGAUCAGAUCACUGGCGAUGAGGACGGCCUCACAAUCGAUGCCGAGGUUUCCUUGUCUGAGGAGGCUUUGGUCCUGUACGUCAAGGCUCUGACGUUGCUAGCUAGAGCCAUGGACGCUGCAAGCCUAUGGUGGUCACAAAAGACACGUGGGGAUACAACAUCUGCGGCAGAGGUUUCCAAAGAGGGCCUCGCUCAGCGCAUCAACUCCACCGUUCAAUGGGUUCGGACUCGUUUCAACGAAGUCUUGGAGAAGACCGAGGUCGUCCGGUUGAAACUCAUUGCCGUCCAGCAAAAGCUUCCUGAGGAUCAUCCCAGCCACCCGAGCAACCACGGCGGAGUCUCGGCUUCGUCAGCUACUUCAAGCACCCCCGAUGUCUACCUCACGCCGGGCAUUAGUGCGGAGAAGUUGAUGUACGACCGAGCCAUCGAGAUGAGCAGAACAGCCGCCAUUGAUGAAAUUACCAACGAGAACCUUGAGGGUUGCGUCACGUAUUAUGUCACGGCCAUUCGGAUGCUGGAGGCUGUUUUGGACAACGACGAAGACGCAGUAAAGCGGCGCUACUCUAGCUCAGGCAAGGAGUUGCCUCGCGAGGAGACGUCUAGUGACCUGGACAGCGACGACCAGCUGGCCGUGAAUCGGAUGAUUCAAAUGAUUACCGCACGUCUCUCAACUGUCCGCAAGAAAAUGGCCAUGAUUGCAGAGGCAUCGAGGUCGCAGCAGGCCGCACAGCUCCAAGGCCGCAGACGUAGCGGGGAUGUGACGCCUCGCAGCGUGCCAUCGCACGCGUCGUAA